AUGUCAGAUUCAGGCCCCGCGGGCUCCAGCGAUAAAGCCUCCACCGAUAACCCCCAAGCGUCCAACGUGCGGUGGCAAUUCAUCGACUCUUCGAAUAACCGUCGAAGCAACUUAACGCAAGUCAAACGUCAUGUUAUGCAGGAGUAUAUGCGCCAGAAAAAGGGCGAUUCGCAGCAAGGUGAGGAUGAAGAAGAAGAGGAGAACGCACCUAUUCGCCCGGCGAAGCGUGGCCGGCCGAAGUCGAAUCGUGCAGCCAAGCGCAAGUCGACCAGAAAAGCAACUCACUUCACGCCGCAAGACCCUCAAUCCACGAAUGCGACAAAUCAACCUCCAGCAGUAUCCAAACAAGAUGCUCUGGCAGAUAUUGAAGAUAGCGGCCAGGACCGGAUUGUGGCUGUCACUACAUCAUCCAACCGAUCUAAGCUACCGGCCCAGGCUCAAAGCAUCACCCACUUGCCUUAUCGAACCUCUUCCAUUCAGCCCUACAAUCCCUUUGAACCACAACGUCUUAUGAAUAUAUCCCCACAACCCCAUAAUCCAUUCAAUACCCUCCCCGUCGAGCUGGAUCUCGAUGGCCAGAGGCUCUUCGAUUUCUAUGUCAAUGAUAUGCCAGCGUGCUCUUAUGGUACACAUUUUCGAUCGCUCAAAGCCCAUAAUUGGUAUACGGCCGUUUUUGUCCCCGAGGCAAUGAAAGGUGCUGUCGCGUUUCAAAACACUAUUCUCGUCCAUGCUGCAAAUACUUGGGCUUGGGUCAGAAAUGAGGGAGAAACAGCCGAUGGCCUCUUGCAUCGAGAUCGUGCCAUCAGGAUGCUUCGUGAACAUAUGCACAAAAACCCCGGCGAUACCUCAGAUGUUGCAAUCAUAUCAUGUUUAAGUGCAGCCGCUCUUGAAGACUUUGAUCCCCGCCCUGGUCGCAAAGAAUUUAGCUGGAUGCAUAUGCGCGCAGCUCGUGACAUGAUCCGCGCGCGUGGUGGCCCUGCUGCCUUUGCAAAUACUCGAUUAGGAAUGUUGAUUAACUGGCAAGAUUAUAUACUGUCUGGCUACGAGACGCGCGGGCUCAGCUUCUCAUUCGAACCAACUCCCUCCUUCACUCCGAAUGUUUCAGCCGAGCCUCUGGUUCAGCCUUCUCAAAUUUCCCAAUCCAUGCCCUCUCCGCCAUACUCCACCUCCUCCUUGUCAGAUGUUGCGCCCUGUUCCGAGCCGACUUCUGCUGCUGCUACAAGUAGCCUCAUACAGUUAUCCCCAAUCGAUGAAAUUCGGCUCCAGUGCGAAGAAUUCCUCGAUUUUCUCCGGCGCUGUGAGCAGCUUGCUCUCUACCAAAAAGCGAACCCCGAAUUGUGCGACCUAUCCCGCCAUACAUCUGUCCAAGAAUCUUCUCUCCUCUUUCAAAUUCUAGCCGCGCCACCAGGAGCUCGUUUCACGGCGUCAGGAGACCGAAAACAGAUGGUCGCCCGUUUCACUGCGCUGAUGAUAUUGAACGCAGCUCUCUGGGAUUACCGCUAUGCACCCAUACACGAGGGAACUUUCCUCAGGACCCUCGAAUAUGCCUUGAUCGACAGCGAAGUCAGCAUGAGCGGCUCAGUCGAGGCCAUCUUGCAAAUUCUCCUGACGUGCAAUGAUGGCUACGUGAGCGUAGACGACAUCGUAUCGUCUUCUCUGUCAGAUGAAAUGCCUGAUUUCACACAGUAUUCCUCGGUAACAUCUUCUCCAUCCGCACGGCCAUGGUUUGCGGGUCGUAUGUUGAAAAUUGCGAAACGUUUAAGCGCGGAUUCAUGGCAUCAAAUCAGUGAUCUCUUUUUCUCUUGCUUGACGUUACAGGUUUCUGAACAUACUGUUCAUUCCUGGGAGCCUGAACUGCGCCGUGAAAUCUUGGAAGCGCCGUUGACCAGUUAUAGCAUGCCCUCGCUACUUGAGUGA